UACAGGUCUGUGGUGCGGUCUGUGAGCUCGGAGGUCGAGCGGUGAUAGUGCGCGAGUUAUCAGUGCGGUGCGCUCCUACAUGAGGACUCAUGGCGCCUCGGUUUAUUUACAUUUUGUUGCUUCUCUCCACGACUUCCGCCUUGCAAGGUGAUGACGAGGAUGAGGAAGAGGGUGACAUUCUGGACUCCCAUCCUGGAGUAUCCGGGAGUUCGGACCACCACUCGGUGCCACUCCCCGUGUUCCUGGAGGAACCCACCGACACCUACGUCAUCAAGAACAAACCUGCCGCCCUCUCGUGCCGAGCUGCGCACGCGCUUCAGGUCUACUUCCAGUGUAAUGGCGAGAGACUGGAACGGGUGUCCGGGGAGCUACACCCUCACCUGGAGUUUGUAGAUCCUCAAACCGGUGUGAGGAAUGUGGAGUUGGCCGUCAACAUCACAAGGGACGAUGUGGAGGAGUACUUCGGCAAGGAUAGUUUCAGGUGUGAGUGCGUCGCCUGGUCCUCCAGAGGGCAGAUCAAGAGCCAGCCUGCUAUCGUCGAUGUUGCUUACUUGAAGAAACACUUCGAGGUUCCGCCAUACUCUCAGAGCGUUGAGAUGGACCACCAGGCUGAACUGCGAUGUCACGCGCCUCCCGGGGUCCCACCCCCUCAGAUCUACUGGCUGCGGAACGGUCUGCCCCUGGAGACCGACACCAACGUGAUCGUCAGUAGUGAGGGACACCUGCUUAUCAGUCAGGCGAGGCUGCAGGACACUGCUAACUACACGUGUGUGGCCGAGAACAUAGCGGCUAAGCGCAUCAGCGACCCGGCGCUCCUCACUGUAUAUGUGAACGGCGCCUGGUCGCCGUGGUCCCAGUGGUCAGAGUGCAACGCUCGCUGUGGCCGCGGGAUACAGAAGAGGUCCCGUAUCUGCAACAACCCCCCGCCCCUCAACGGUGGCCAGCAGUGCCCCGGAUCUGCCCUUCAGAAGAUCGAUUGCACCUCUGUCUGCCCAGAAGAGGAGACUAGAUUAUCAGCUGUGGACGGGAGGUGGUCGGCGUGGUCAGGUUGGAGCGCCUGCGGGCCGGACUGCCGCCACCACAAGAGAAGGACCUGCUCCAACCCUCCACCAUCCAACGGUGGCAGCUACUGCCAGGGCAAGGACACGGCCACUGCCAACUGUACUGGACCUCUAUGUGUGGCUGUCCGUUCUGAAGAAGACAUUCAGCUGGCACCGUACAUAGGACUGGCUGUUGCUUGUGUCGUGUUCACUUGUGUGGCAGCGAUAGUCUUUCUCCUGAGGCAGAGGAAGGGCAGAGAUCACCGCAUGUACAACAGGGCCAACUCAGAUUAUCAGCCUGAAUAUCUACCAGAGAAAGACAAUAAAAGCUAUGGUGUGGAGCCGUUUGAACCUGAUCUAACAAGAGGAGCCAUCAUACCUGUCUCGGUCCCCAGCUGCUACGAAUAUCCGUUCUCUGAGAGCGGUGGUGUAGGGACUGCGAGGUACGAGGGUGUCCAGCGCUCCUGUAGUGAACACCAUUACGACGUGCCGGACCUGCGCAGUGCUAAUUCUCACAGCCUUUCCAGUUUCACAGGCUCCUCUGUGUCCUGUGUAGAGGACAGGUCCUGUAGAAGUGCUUUUUCUCUCCAUGGAAGUUCUGACAUAGACUGUGUCGGGAGCAGCUUGAUAACCUCAACUGGAGGGAGGAUAUCGCUGCCGGAGUCCGGUGUGUCUCUGUAUAUUCCGGAAGGAUCCAUGCCUAAAGGAUCCAAGGAACAGAUCUACGUGUCUGUGCUAAGAGAUGACAGACACAGGCCAAAACUUUCAGAUGGCAUGACUCAGCUCAGCCCAGUGGUGUUGUGUGGCCCUGCUUCUGUUGCUCUCAACAAACCUGUGGUGCUCAACAUUCAGCACUGUGCCAGCCUCAAGCAUGGCCAGUGGACUCUCUCCGUCUGGGCGUCAGAGUCACCUCUGGAUGCUCUACCAGUCUGGAAUAAAAUGUUGACCGUUGGUGAGGAAACCAUCAACACGUCAAUUUUCACGCAAGUGGACACGAGUCAGGUGUAUCUCAUGAUGGAGCAGCUCACCAGGGUGGUGAUAGUGGGCGAGCCGAACGUGUGUGUCGGUAGACCUCCCAGUGUCAAGCUGUUGAGACUGGCGGUGUUCACACCACCACUAUCCAUGGCCCGUACCUCACACCACUCCGAUCACAGUGUGCGAGUGUACGCGCUGGAGGACAAUAUGGCUGCACUUGAGGGUGUGGUAAAAGUGGAGAGAAAGCUGGGUGGGUGCCUGGCAGACAAGCCUAAGUCUCUACUAUUUCAAGACGGUGGGGCCAGCCUCAGCAUAUCCCUGGAGGACAUCAGUCCUGGCUGGCGCUGUAAACCCCAUACGGAUUACCAGGAAAUUCCAUUUACUCACGUGUGGAACUCUAAUGUGAACCACCUUCACUGUUCCUUCACUUUGGAGAGAGCGGAGCAAACGGCGACUGGUGUCUCUUUCCGAGUGCUUGCUAGCCAGAAGGGCUGCCAGACCCACCGGCAGAUGUUCAGGAUUCAAGCAGAUUUCUCUGUGGAUUCCUCUUCUUCCUCCUUGCAGGUGGGAAUGCCACCCCUAGCUUGUCGGACAGUGACCAGCAGCAGCGGUUGUGGGUCCAGCAUCACCACUUGUGACAACCCUACCACACCCUUCAGACUAAACCGCACCCUUCGGAGACAAUUAAGUCAAUGCUUGAAUCCACCUAAUGCAAGAAGCAACGAUUGGAGGAUGCUGGCACAGAGACUAAAUGUAGACAGGUACAUAAACUACUUCGCAACGAAGGCAAGUCCCACAGAACAUAUCCUGGACUUGUGGGAGGCCCGGCACCGGGAGCCGACAGCAGUCACUGACCUUGUCAAUAUCCUGAGGGUUAUGGGUCGAAGUGACGCUGCAACUCUCAUUGAGAAGCAGCUAGGGCCCUGGCUCUAGAUCGGCUGGUGUUGUGAUAAGAGAAGGUGCAAAAAAACUGCCAAACUGCAUUUCGUAUUAACAUUCUGUGAUAUUUGACGAAAGAGGACUCAUUCAAUUUGUGGCGCAAUGUGACCAAAGUUGAAGAGACUGAAAAAUGGAAAUUUGUUUAAAUCUCUAUGUUAAAGAAGUUAAAAUUAAAAUGCUUGCUUUCACCACAAGAAAUUAGCAAAUUUAUUCAAACAGUUAGAACUUUUAAUAAGUAUGGAUAUAAAUAUAAAUAAGUGUGUUAAACAUUCACUUUCAGAAAACAAAAGAAUGUAAUACAAUUUAAAGAUGCAAAAUUGGUGUUUUGUAAUAAUCGGAAUCGACUUUUACAAAAAAAAAUCAUCUCUAAAUAUUAAAAAAAUACAGAACACGUUAUGUUUGUAUAUCUUACUGUAAAGCUAAAAAUAACAGAAAUUAAAGUGUGUUUAAUCAAUAUAAGACAUUAUAUAACAAAAUUAAUAAUUUGUAAAAAAUUAUGGCUGUGAACAUAGUUUGCUAAUGCAAUCAUAAUAAUUUUGCCUGGAGCUGAUAUAUUUUACAAAGAAAUAGGUGUUAUUUUUAAUAAUGUUAUACAGCUUUUAGAAAUUUAUACAAAUUCUAGCUUAACAAUUAUUGGUUUAAUAGUUUUCAUUUUUAUGAUUUUCUUUGAUUUAUACAAUUGUUAGUAUUAAGAAAAAAAUAAUUAAUAUAAGUGCUGUUAAGUUGUAUUAAACAAAUUAGGUAAAAUUAGCUGUUAUGUUCUUGAACGAAUUUCUGUCCCUCUUUAGUAAUCUAGAAAGUUGUUACAAUGACACUGUUUUAUUUCUUAAUAAAUUAUAAUUUUUUAUAGUAAGUUUUUGGCUACACAGGGAAGGUGAUUGGAAGAAUAGGCAUUCAUUUGAUCAUGUAUGUACACCAACAUGCAAAAACACAUGUAAAAUACAGUCCACUACAAUAUACAAGCAUAUAAUACUUCGUGUAAUUUUUUAAUCAUUGAUAAUUCUAAUUAACAUUUUACUUAAAAUACUACAUGUUUAUAUGUUAUGGUGGGCUGUAUAAUUUUCAUCAAAACUUUGCCACAGACAAAUGCUGGUCUCAGUGUGGUGUAACAAUAUGUUGGCAUGCAUGAAUAAGAAUUACUUAUGCCAACCAUCUACCCUACAUACCAAAAUUUUAUAAUUCUGAACUGAAGUUUCUAUUGUAUAUUAAGUUUAAAUAAAAAAUAAACCAUCACUUAUCUAGUGUAUACUAUUGCUAAAUAUUUACAUUUUUCAGUCGUACAUAUUAUUAGUUGGAUGUUGUCUUGAAGGUUAUAUAAUUUUUGUUCCUGUUAAAAUUUACAGUAUAACAUAUACGGUACUAUAGGAUUGUUAUUGUAUAGAAGUAUUGAGUUUUAAUAUUGCUGACAAAAUAUAUUUGUUUUGUAGAUUGUGUUGUAUAUAUGUGCAUUAUUGUAGAAAACUGUAGACAGUGGAACGUUGUAGAAAGUGGAGUUUUAUAAUCGUUUAUAUAUUGUAUAUAAAUUUAAAUCUGUCAGUGUAAAUAUAUUAAACGGUAAAUGUUGCCUUUAGUAAUGUAUACUACAAUACAUGAUUUGUACUUGACAUUAUAAUUACUUUAAACAGCA